AUGAUGUGGCUGGUAUCGAUGUCAACAUGGGCUGUCCAAAAGAGUAUUCCACCAAGGGAGGAAUGGGAGCUGCUUUGCUGUCAGACCCUGACAAGAUUGAGAAGAUCCUCAGCACUCUUGUUAAAGGGACACGCAGACCUGUGACCUGCAAGAUUCGCAUCCUGCCAUCGAUGGAAGAUACCCUGAGCCUUGUGAAGCGGAUAGAGAGGACUGGCAUUGCCGCCAUCGCAGUUCAUGGGAGGAAGCGGGAGGAACGACCCCAGCACCCUGUCAGCUGUGAAGCCAUCAAAGCCAUUGCUGAAACCCUGUCCAUUCCUGUCAUAGCCAAUGGAGGAUCUCACGACCACAUCCACGAGUAUGUGGACAUAGAGGAUUUUCGACAAGCCACAGCAGCCUCUUCAGUGAUGGUGGCCCGAGGGGCAAUGUGGAACCCGUCCAUCUUCCUCAAGGAGGGUCUACGGCCCCUGGAGGAGGUCAUGCAGAAGUACAUCCAAUACGCUGUGAAGUACGACAACCACUACACCAACACCAAGUACUGCUUGUGCCAGAUGCUCCGAGAACAGCUGGAGUCGUCCCAGGGAAGGUUGCUCCAUGCUGCCCAGUCUUCCCGGGAAAUUUGUGAGGCUUUUGGCCUUGGUACCUUCUAUGAGGACACCACACGAGAGCUGGAUGCCCGGCAGGCUGAGCUGUUGGCCAAGACCCCAGAGGAGCCAGGGGAACCAGCUGAAGACACCUAUGGUGUCAUUCAGAUGGCUGUCAAGUUUGACCGGAGAGCAUAUUCCCCCCAGAUCACCCCCAAGGUGUGCCUGCUGGAGUGGUGCCGGAGGGAGAAGUUGGCACAGCCUGUGUAUGAAACGGUUCAGCGCCCCCUGGAUCGUCUCUUCUGUUCUGUUGUCACUGUUGCUGACCAAAAGUACCAGUCCACCUUGUGGGCCAAGUCCAAGAAGCUGGCGGAGCAGGCUGCGGCCAUCGUCUGUCUACGGAGCCAGGGCCUCCCUGAGGGUCGGCUGGGUGAGGAGAGCCCCUCCUUGCACAAGCGCAAGCGGGAGGCCCCUGGCCAAGACCCUGGGGAGUCCAGAACUCAGGAGGCAGCAGUGCCUGGGGAGCUGUGCAAGAAGCCCUUUGUGGCCUUGGGAAGUGGUGAAAAGAGCCCUCUGGAAGGCUGGUGACUCUUGUGCCUACCCUGGUCACCUCCUUCAGGGGCCUGGCCCUAGGAUGGCUGUGGGUGCAGAGCAUGGACCAGAUGCCGUCGGACGGUUUGACGCCUCCUGGCAGGAGUUAAGAGGUCAUGGCCUGGAGCAUGGGUCAAAGGGUGUUUAGCACAUCCAUCUCCAAUGGUGGGUCUGAGUAGCAGGGCCAAGUUCGCAGUGACCUUAGUAUUUUCUUUGGAAGCAGGAGCUUUUCAGGUGGCACCUCCCAAUCUGACAUUGGUACAGUGCAAUAAAGACACCCCUCAUCGUUACCCACAGCUGGCUGCUGCAGCCUUGGCACCUUCA